AUGGAACUAUCAGAUAACAAGCAGCGCAUGGCCCGCGGUGAACUCUACCACGCCUUCACACCCGAACUAGUCGCUGAGCGAGCCCGCUGCAAACAUGCCUGCGCUCGUUACAACAACGCCGGCGACGUGCCGCGGCGACAACUAACUGAACUGUUUCGAGACAUCGUACAAGACAAAACUCCUCUCCCAACCCCCGCCGCCACCCCCGAAGAAGACGACCAGCAAUUCGAAAACGACCCCUGGAUUGAGCCACCUCUCGCCAUGGACUACGGCUACAAUGUUCGUCUCGGCGCAAACGUCUUCAUCAACUUCAACUCCGUCUUCCUAGACACGUGCUUGACCACCAUUGGGUCCCGCACCCUCGUGGGACCCAAUGUUUCUUUCUACUCCGCCACGCACCCGCUCGACCCCGCUCUCCGCAAUGGCACCGCCGGGCCCGAACUCGGCAAGGAAAUUCACGUCGGCGAGGACUGCUGGAUCGGCGGAAACGUAUGUAUUCUUCCUGGCGUUACGAUUGGCAGAGGCAGCGUGGUGGGUGCAGGCAGUGUAGUGACGAAGAGUGUACCCGAAUUCACAGUUGUGGCGGGGAAUCCAGCGAGGUUCAUUAGGAAAGUAGAGACAGCCAUGCAGUCUACACAAAUCAAGGGGGAACCGGUGCUACCGUAG